AUUGUAUUGCGACAUGGCAGGUAAUCUUAAUUAAUGUUCCUCCAAACAGACCACUUCAACACUGUUUGUGGUCUCAUCAGCCCUUUCUCAAAAGAUUUUCUUCGUUAUCCUUAAAGAUGACAAAAGCCGAGGUAUGAAUCACUUCAUCUUGCGAUAACGUGGCACCUUCUGUGGGUAUAUAAAGACUCAAGACAGUUGUCAUGGUCAGAGCAAUUUGUAAAACCAUCGACAGAACAACCACAACGCAUGCCAAGAGCAUCCCCAGUAUGAAGCUGAGCGUCUUCUCCGUACUUUUUUUCGCCAUCGCCUUCUUGUCUGAGGCACUUCCACUGAGUAACAUCGAAGACAUAAACCUCAUCCAAGACUCUACUGGAGAAGAACUGGCUGAAAACUUUAUGGGAUCCAGACCAGGCGUUUCUAAGAUCAUCCUGGUGGCAGACGCCGGCCUGCUGAGAAUGCUGACGGCUCUGGAAAAGAAAAUGCCCGAGAGGAUCCUGAGUCCAGAUCGCAUAGAUGGAAGCCCUGACUUCGGCUCCAGCAUCUCCAUCGUCAGGAGGGACACCAAGAGGUGCAUGGUGGGAAGGGUCUACAGACCAUGCUGGGAAGUCUAGAUCCCGUGGAUGAGUCCAGUUACGAGGGAGAUGAAUUCCAGAUCACACCAGCUGAUCCUGUGCAGUACAUGCUAUUAACUGUAUCUGUAUAAUAAGAUCCAGAAUUAAAAU